CUUAGGUACAGAUCUACCUAUUGACACUGUAGGCUCUCCAGCUAUUCAAGCCAGUACCUACAUGUAGUAACUUAGUGUCUAAAAGAUUUCAGCCUUGUUAAUCUUGGUGUUUUUUUUUUUACAACCAUCAACUUUCAACGUUCAAUUCUCAAUCCUCAACCUUUAUAUAACAUGCGGUAGGAAUUUCUAGAACAGGCCGGCCAAUAUCAUAUUAUUCUAUGCAAAGCCUGAGACUGUCGUUUAGAAACCAAUCUAACCACAUUACGUGGAGAUGGAGAUGGAUGUAGAUAUGAUAAUGAUCGACGGCGGCCUCGAACUCGGAGAUGCGCCUACAUACGACCAUUUCGAAUCCAAAGAAGAAUGGGCUAAAUUCUUAAGUCGAUGCAUUUCCUCCCGGCUCGCUCCAGAAGCAUUCGACACGUAUGUCUCUCUGCUGUACUCGAAAUAUCCAUUGCCCCCAGCGGUCAUUGCCGACCUUUGUCUGAGGCCGCAGCCUUCGAACCACGAAACCCUCGAUCCUCGUAUUCCGCGCUACAUUCAAGUACUUUCGCAACGAAAGCUCAUUGAUACCCCUUCUGUACUUAAGGCCUUGUAUAAAUACUCGACUUCCCACGCGCAAGCCGAAAAGGUCGUCAACAUACCCCGGCAAAGUUUGGAGGAUGACGUGUCACUGAGAUGGGGAAGCUCUUAUGCCGCUGAAGAGGUUAUAUUCUAUCGCAUUACGAAAGCGGUUGCAAUAGGGACUGGAAUUCAGAACCCUGGCGAUGCCCUGGAGAUAUGCAAGUUGAUGGCCAAAUGGAUGGCCUUGUUCACUUCAGCGUCAACUGCAUUUGCGCAAGAUGUCAUGGGUCAACUACAAAGCCCACAAUCUAGGGACGAGAUGGAGGCGGCGAGAGCUGCGUUCGUAAUGCUCCUCUUGGGAAUAUGCGAGAAUCAAGCUGUCCUGAGUGCUCUCGGCCGCCCAUUAGCAAAAGAUGCGCGAAGAGCGUUGUCCGAAGGGCUGGCUCACUUCGUGCCCUCGAUUCUCCAGAGUGCAUCGCAGAUUGCUAGCAGGUUGGAGCUAUUUCGUACGGAGACGCUCGCUUCAUUUGAGCCGGCAGAUAAGAAAAGAAAUGUCGCCAAUCCUGUAAUGGAUGACAUAGAAUCAACUAUGGCCCUUGAUAAUUUUGUCGUAAACGAGUUGCCAAUUAUCAACUCCCGAGCUGGCUUAUAUAUAUAUUUAAAUGCUGCUCUUGUCGGGCGGCCGCUGAUAGAUGAUGCGGCCCUGUUCAGUUAUCUUCACAACAGAUAUCAGGGGGAUAUCCAAUCGACAACUAUUGACCUGAUAUUGGCUUCCUUCGACGUCCUUGCGAAUGCAGUGUUUCGUAACGAAGGCCAGCAGGCAACACACCUCCUCCGGUCAUAUCUGAUCAACAAGCUGCCGCUGCUUCUUGCAACGUUGGCAACAUCAAUGUAUCCCCCUUUAUCAGCCCAGUUUUGUAUCACUGAGGCACUUAGUCAGGUUGAUACUAACGCUUUUCCAACCCUAUCUGCCAUGUUUGAUGACACAAAUAACAAUAACACUUUUACGGAUAGUGUCCGGCAGGAUUUUUGUUUUGCUUGCUGUCUACAUGAAUUAAUUCCGGAGUCGAGCAUCGAGGGAUUACUUGGGGAAAUUACCUAUCAGAAUUUACCCCAGGACGGUCGGUACGCUAAAGAGAAGCUUGUCAGGGAAUGUACCAGUGAUCCUGAAAGGAUCCAACGAUUGAUUGGAGAAUUGGACAAUAUGGAUGGUAACGUUGGGGCGGUAUGCCAGGCUUUAGCGGAGGUUAUCGGUCGUCUUUGUCACAAUAAGGAGACGAUGACCCUGAAGCUUCUUUGCAGUCAGCUGGCUAAGAAGCCACUAUCACUAGAUGUGAUGCUUCUCUUCGAUAGACCGAUAACCAUGCUGCAUCCUCUAUGUGAGCUACUCGAUAAUUGGCGAUACGAGGAAGAUCAAGGAGAAUACCAACCUGUCUAUGAGGAGUUUGGGUCAGUACUUCUUCUGGUGCUGGCGUUUGCCUACCGCUACAAUCUUUCUGCCACGGAUCUAGGUAUUCGGUCACCAGACUCGUUUGUGGCCAAGUUGCUGGGUGUUGGCCAGCCUAACAAGCCGUUUGACGAACUAACAGACCAAGAGAAAGGACAUCUUGACGGUUGGAUACAUGGUCUUUUUGAUACCGAAUCCGGCGGAUUGGCAGAUGAAUUGUUGUCUUCGUGUCCUCCACAGGACUUCUAUCUACUUGUACCCACGCUAUUCCACAACAUUGUUCUUGCGUUUAGCACAGGUCACCUCGACGAAGAAAGCCUCAAAACAGGUGUUGAAUAUUUGGCCAACACAUUCCUACUCCCAUCCCUUGUGCCAGCAGCUAUACACAUGUCUAAUCAGCUGUGGACGGAACUGAACCACGGGCCGGAACACAAAGCAAUCAUCAGGAUUUUGGAGUUGAUCCUACUGACCAAACAGGGUUCCAGUGAAGCGCAAACGAUGCUGUCCUCUGUGGUGAACAUCAUUGCGACGCCACUAGAGUACUCUUUGAGAUCGUAUCAACGCUUCGACCCGAAGUGCCAAACUGUAGAACCUCUGCUCAAGGCAAUGAGAGAUAAUAUUCGACUCUCACGAAGAACAGCUAGUGCUGCUAGCAACGAACUAGAGGCAUGGGCUACUACCGCUAAUGGGGGGUUUGCUGCAUCCAUUCGGCAUACGGUACAGGGCUUUGUGGCGUGGAGUGUGCACCCAGGCUUGAACGUAAUGCCUACAUCGUACACGCACCGGCAAAUCUUAGCUGCUUUGAAGAUGCUCGGCGCAAGACGCCUAUUAAACAUAAUCUUGGAAGAGGUGAAGCUACAGUCUGAAGCCGGUAAUGGAAGUAUCGCCCAUGAUGUGGCUACUGCCCUCGUGUGCGCUCCAGACGUAACCAACAUGCCAGCACCACCUGAACUUUCACUUCUCAUAGACUCGUCAAAUCAUCCCGUAGUACCUCCACAAUUGCGGAUCUCACUCCGGGCGGCGCUCAAGUCAGAAGCAGAAGACUGCAAGGCAUUGCAGAAGUUGGACCCGACCAUGGCCGAAAUUGUCGUUCGCCUUUACCGGAAGGUUGAAGCACAAAUGCUUAUGCCUCCGCCCGAGACGAUGCUACAAGGCGAGCUCGCUAAUUUAGGCGCAGCGGCACUCGGAGACGCGUUAGCUGCCGCCGCUCAAAGCGAGGGUCUAGGCGCUGAGGAUGCAAGCAUGGGCUUAGACCUUGGAGGUGGUGGUAAUGAUAUGGGCCAUCUCGGCGGUCCGGGCGACUCAAGUCACCACGGCGGACUUGACUUCGGAGCCAGUGAUGAUAUAUUCAGCGGCCUUGGCGCGGGUGGAAGUGGCGCUGAUCUCCUAGAUAGCUGGGACAUGUCUUAGUUGAAGUCACGCUUAUAAGCGAAAGCAUUAUCCGUAUAGUUAUCGACUUGAUUUUAUUUGCGGAUUAUUUGUAGGCAAGCGAGGCGUUUUAUGCACAAGAGGAAAUCAGGUUGCAUGGAUUUAUAAAUUUCCUUUUGGAUGAGGUUCGUGCGCUUGCGUUCGAGGGGCAUUGAAGUGAUGUCUCCAACGGAAGAUAGCAGAUGUUAUUGCCUACCUGAAUCUUAUACUACAACUUUAGAUGUUUUUGUCGUG